UUUCCCCUAUUGUGAGCAGUGUCCCGGUCAAGCUCGCGUGUUAGGGUCGACAGACCCCUGUCAGAUGAAACAAGCAGGCGCGUUGCCGAUCUGAACUAACGUCUGUCUUAACCUCAUCUCAUCUCUCGCUGCCCUUCCUUUGCAUCCUCUCCACUGCCCCCGACGCCCGUGAACCCCCAGCCGAGCCAGUGCAGCCCGUCGCCGUGUGCCAGUCAGCCUGUCGCCGUGUGCCAGUCAGCCUUUGUCAGCCUGCGCAUACGCCCCAAUAUCGGUCAAUUACGCCGACGCCGACACCGAGCUCUGGGCGCACCUGUCACAGGAGCAUAGACAACGCGUCCACAAUCUGCCGCCGCCCGACAAUCCGCCCACACCGCAGCCGGACCGCCAGCUUGAAACCACUGUCGAACCUUUGCAGAUUCCGUCACCGCCGUCAUGGGUGCCUCGAUCUCGAAAAUGAUGGGCAAGAUCUUCGGAUCCAAGGAGAUGCGCCUGUUGAUGCUGGGUCUUGACGCAGCUGGAAAGACCACCAUCCUCUACAAGCUCAAACUCGACCAGGACGUCACGACCAUCCCCACCGUUGGCUUCAACGUCGAGACCGUCACAUACAAGAACACCAAGUUCAACGUCUGGGAUGUCGGAGGCCAAGACAAGAUCCGUCCUCUAUGGAGACAUUACUUCUCUGGCACUCAGGGUCUGAUCUUCGUCAUUGACUCGAACGACCGCGACCGUAUCGACGAGGCCCGCACCGAGCUCACCCGCAUCAUCCAGGACAGGGAAAUGAAGGAUGCGCUGCUGCUGGUGUUCGCAAACAAGCAGGAUCUGCAAGGAGCCAUGCGACCAAAGGAGGUAUCAGAUAAGCUGCAGCUCGAGAAGAUUGCCAAGGACCACGUAUGGAAGGUCGAGCCCAGCUGUGCCACCACAGGAGAGGGUAUCUUCGAAGGACUGGCAUGGCUCAGCAACAACGUCAAGCUUCCACAAGGCGGCAAGUAAGGCAUCGACGCCCCCUUCGAUACCUCCUUCGCUGUGUACGACUGCAUGCUCGCGCACUUCUGCAUAUACCCGGUUUUCUGUCUAACGUCUGCGCGUACCCAAUAUGACCUUCUAAUACCAGCUACGCAAUGUGGCUGCAUUUCUGCUUUAGUCCGCGCACAUGGCGCGGGGCGAGAUACCCCUUCAGAUUGGCUUGCCUUGUACCACUUCAUGUAAAUUUUCCUUGUUUUGUACAGUACGAGCAUCCAGUGGUUCGAUAGACGAG